AUGGAGCCGCAAGUGCAGACACCUCACCUCCUCUCCCUAGUGGAGGACAUCAGGCAAGCUGCAUUAGAGGAAUGCAGUUCGUCCCGUUCUGCAUCGUCGCAUUAUCGUUUCCUGGGACUCAUCGACCAGCUGAAAUACGCGGUUGAAACGCCGACUGAAACAGUUCUGCGGUUAAUCUACCAGCCCCCUCAAAAUGCAGCCCUUCGCACCGUCGUCGACCUCGACAUCUUCCCUUUAUUACUUGAACAUCCUAACAAAGGCCUUUCGGCGAUACAGUUAGCCGAGAGUACCGGUGCCGAGCGAGCUUUAAUCAUCCGCUUAAUGCGCGUCAUGGCAGCUCUAGGUCUGUGUGCUAGCGUCGAACCUGAGGUGUAUAUUCCCACCGAGAAAACCGUCGCCUUGACACAACCGAUUGGACGCGAUGGCAUUCCAUGCAUAUACGACUUAACUGUUCCAACCCUCGCCAGACUUCCGGAAUACUUCCGCGAACACCACUACAUCAUGCCAAAAGAGUACUCCCGGUCCCCAAUGUGGUGGGCCGUAGGGCAAAGUCAAUUCGAGUGGCUUGCUCAGCGGAAACACCACCAGACGCUGUUCAACUCAUACAUGUCCAGUCGACGACAGGGCAAGCCUUCCUGGUUUGACGUAUAUCCUGUUGACAGACUAGCCACCGAAGCUCUAGAUCACGAAGACGCCGCGUUCCUAGUCGAUGUAGGAGGAAACCAAGGCCACGACCUAAUUCGCUUCCGGGAGAAGUACCCGGAUGUGACAGGGCGGCUAGUGCUCCAGGACCUGCCGAAAGUGGUCAACUCCGCGACAGUAGGGGAUGAAAUUGAGGUUAUGCCGUAUAGCUUUCUGGACCCACAGCCGGUCAAGGGAGCCAGAGCCUAUUACUUCCGCUCCAUUUUUCACGACUGGCCCGACUACAUCUGCCAUAAGAUCUUGGUCAACACCGUCUCCGCCAUGAGCGCCGACUAUUCGCGCAUCAUUAUUGUGGAUUUCGUUCUGUUGGAUACGGACGCGCCGCUGCUGCAGGCGUCGAUUGAUAUCCAAAUGAUGAGCAUUGGGUCGGGAGUGGAGCGGUCGAAGCGUCAAUGGCGAGAGCUCUUGGGAGCUGCCGGGUUGGUGAUCACCGGCAUUUGGAGUGGGAGCCCAGGCAUGGAGAGCGUAAUCGAGGCUGUGCCCGUGCGCACUUCUCGAAUAUAG